AUGGAUUUUCUUUAUUAGUGUUUUAAUUCUCACAUGAUCAAGCAGCACCCUUCAGUUAUCAUUCUUUUCCAGAAGUGAAGCUUUUCUUCAGGAAAACACAUGAAUUGAUAAGGAACUUUACAACGUUUUUAGAGUGUACAAGGGCUGGCAUGUUUCUUGGGAACUUGACAGACUGUGAUAGCGUCCACUUAGUUUUACACACAUGGGUAUUUACAGAAAUUUCCCUGCACCUCCUUCACCUUUGAAAUUCCUGUUGAGUUCAUCUGGGUUAACUUGCCCAUAUUAGGAAGUUUAUGCUCCUCACUACUCCUUCUUCCUGUACCGUUUAUUUUCCCCUCUGCAAAAACUUGUGUUGCUUCAAACUUUAAUGGGUCUAACAAAACCCAUCAGAUCCUUCUCGCACGAAUGACUGAGUUUGGAGGGCACCUCUGGAGAUCCUGUGAUCUAACCUCCUCCUGCAGCAGAGCCACUUGGAGCUGCUUACCCACGACUGUGUCCAGGUGGCUUUCGCAGAUCUCCAGUAGGGAGACUCGACAAACUCUCUGGGCAACCUGUUCUAGUGCCCAGUCACCCUCACACACACAAAAAAGUUUUCUGAUGUUCAGAGAGCCGAGCCUGUGUUUCAGUCUGUGCUCACGGCCUCUGGCCCAGUCACUACGCACUACCAUGGAAAAAUAUAUAAGGAACAGGACAAAUUUUUAUCAUAAUUAGGAAAAAUACAGAAACAGCCCCACACUAGCUACAAAAUAUCAAUGUUAAUACUUUUCAUCUGACUUCCUAAAGAAAUGGAUGUUGGUCACUCACAUUAUCUGUUCUUUCCUAAUUUCUUUUGAGUCUCAAUCAUUUUCACGAUAUUUAGAGCUCAGUGCACAGCUUCAAAGACCAGUGCAAACUUAAAAGUGUUUAAUCCUUGAAAUUUAAAAAAAUCUGUAGAGGGACAGAAAGGCUCAGAUUAAUGAUUCAUUAGGACAAAUGACAAACAGAACAUGGUUCUUUUAUCUCCUUGCUCUUUUGGCAGUAACUAACUGCUGGUGUAUCACAGUACCCAGACCUCUGAAUAAAUCAGAGACUGCCUUUUCUUGCCUGGCCUUGUAAAUGGAAUUACUACAGUGUUAGCACAGGCAAAAGCCAGGCUUCAUUAGUUCUGCAGCCUAUGGGACAGACCCUCUUUUUAUUGCAGUAUUUGCUUCUCAGUAUAGAAUUAAACUGUAUUUACCUUAAUCUAAGACACUUCUGUCACAGAAUAAUGAGUUUUGGUCCACCUAUACUAGUUUGCAAAGUGUUAAAAUGGUGCAAAAAGUGUGCAUAAACAAAGCCAUGGUAAAUGCAUGCAAAAAUUCCAGUCAUCUGUAACAAAAUAAGCAGAUUAGAUCAAAACAUGUUUUUAAUCUAGAAACAGUCUGCCCACUCUAGAAGUUUGGGCAGGUAAAAAGGUGUUGGGCUGUCUCUCAGAGCACAUGUAAUUAAUCAAGAAAUAACAGAUUUUUCAGCUGCUUUUUAAGAGGGAAGGAUACAAAAGAAAAUGAGAAGUUGUCUCCUUGCCCCUUUCAUGCUAAUUAAUGCAUUCAGGAGCUGUACUGAAAGGAAUUUAAACUCGUGAUAGUCAUAAGAGGACAGAUCAAAGGAGAAAAAACCAGACCAAGUCAAAGAAAGCUACAUAUGCCUUCAGUUAACAGAGAGAGUACACAUCUGAAGGAGGUAAGAAUUAUAUUUUUUUGUUUUACACAAGAUUUUCAGCUUUGUUUAAAAAUUAUGCUUUAGAAGAAGCUUGACUGUCUCUAAGUAAACUCAAAAUGUUUUCCUUCUUUGGUUAGAAUACUCUUCAGUAAGUCAUUGUGUUUUAUAGUUUACCUCUAUAGGGUAGGCAGAUUAGUGGGAUACUAUCAAGUGACAUCUGUUGUUGUGCUCUCCAUAUUACAGAAACACGAUUAUGUGUGGAUUUUUUCUUCACUGUAUUUGAUAGAAUAGAUUUUUAACUAUUCAGCCAGGUAUGAUUAUCACCUUAGUUGAUAAGAUGCAAUAAAGAUUGUAAUAUAAAUUUCUUACACAUCUGAGUUUAGAUUGUCAGCAAACAUAAAUCAGUAUUCCCAUAUGAAAUUCAACAGAUCUCUCAGAGUCUCCAGUGACUGAAAACCUGUCCCCUGAGUGUUUACAGUGAAUAACCAAAUAGAAAAACAAUUAUUUGUAAGAAUAAUAUUAGGUUUUUUUCUCAAUAGCUUUUCUUGUCCAGGUAAAUUGCCUUUUUCUUAAAUUCUAGAUUUUGCUUCAGAAGUCUGCCAUCACUUGGUACCUAGACAGAUCACAUCAAAUUCUCCAAACUCUGUUACAAUCAGUUACAAACACCUUGAUAUCAGUGGUGAUACUAAUAUCUAGAUCAUAGUUAUGGUUUUGAGCUUUAUCUUAAAUUGGGACAGUUGCAUGUGUAUAUGGAUCUACUUGAUUCUGAAGAUACCAGAUUAUCCUGCCUCUCUAAAAUGCUCCUGCUAAAACAAUAUUAUCUUUUAAAUGUAACAAAUUAUUUAUCACACUGACACAUUGUGUUUCUACCAUAUAGGUUUGAGCAGGACCAAACUCACAAAAUGCCCAGAAGAUAUAACCACCUGGAUGGCAACUAUUUCAGAGGGAAAGGACACAUCUAUUUUGCAGCAGAAGAAGCUCUGGGUAUUGGACUUUUCAUUUUGGUGCUGGCUGUUUUACUUGCCUUUGGCUGCUGGUAUUACAAAAGACGUAGUGGCUACAAAAGUCUGCGGAGUAAAAGCUCUAGUGUGAGCACAAUACGAAACGUGGUAGGUGGGGCAGAAAUACUGGACUGCAAAAUGGCUCUGCAGGACUACAGAGACUUUAAUUCUGUGGUACCCGAUGCUCCACCAGCUUAUGACAAAAUUGCUGCAGAGCAGUCACCACCGCCUUAUUCACCAUGAUAACAUGAAAUUUGAAACCCUGAACAUACUGAUUCCAUUUCUUCAUGCUUGCUCUUUAUUUCCUGUAUAUGCCUAACUUUCUUAAAGCUAGAAUCAUAAAAAGAAAACAACACGUUUUCAUUAGCUGUUGCUGAGCAAUUCCCGCUUAAUUUACAGAAGUGGUCCUUGAAAUGCCUUAAUAAAUAUGAAUGUGCUUUUAAGUUUUUCACUUCAUGCCAAAUUAAUGCAUUAUGGUCUGGUCAUCUUGAAUCCUUCAUAGGUCUACACAGAUCUGUAAUAACACACUAUUCAGUAUGAAUCAGAGUAAAAAGUGAUGGCACCUUUGUUUUCAUCUUCCUCAUUUAGUUUCCCUUUCUUUAAGAAAUAAAUUAAAAACCCCAAA